AUGGCUGAACAGCUCAAAAUGGUGGAGCUCGAUCCUCUGUGUCGAGCUCUGUUUCAGUAUCGUCAGCUGAAGUAUGAGAAAUGCGUCGAAAGUUGUGAAGUCGCCCUUAACAAUAAUAGUUACGAUCAAGCAGCUUGGAUUCUCAAGGCUAUGGCCCUGACUCGUAUGGUGCACGUGGAUGAUCUGGAGAUCGAAGAAGAAGGGAUAGCGGAAUCCCUUCUCGACGAUAACGCCACGGCACAAGUUGCCCGACCUGGGACAUCCCUUCGAACUGCGACCGCGGCCUCAGGUCUGAAUCAGAUGGUCCGCCCAAUGACUCAAUCAGGAAGGCCUUUCACAGGAAUGGUGCGACCCGGUAGUCAGGGGGGGACCGCCUCAAUUGAGAAAGCCCUGAAAACCGCGAGGACGGCGAUGUCGGCACGGCCCGUAACUUCAUCUUCAGGCCGUUACGUUCGAAUGGGCACGGCCUCGAUGCUCAGCCAAGCGGGCGAACCAUUCAUCAAUGUUGCACGUCUGAAUAUAUCGAAGUACGCACAAAAACCGGCGCUCUCGAAAGCCUUAUUCAAUUUUAUGUACUAUCACGAGAAUGAAGUUCGCCACGCAUUGGAAAUCGCCGCUCAGGCCAGUCAACAUUCGAAGUUCAACGACUGGUGGCUCAAACUGAGUUUGGGGAAAUGCUAUUACCGCCUCGGGAUGUUCAGAGACGCCGAGAAACAAUUCCGAUCGGCCAACACUCAACAGCCGAUGGUGGAAACCUCUUUGUGGCUGGGCAAGCUGUUCCUGAAGUGGGAUCAGCCCCUCGGGGCUCUCGAAGUCUACAGAUCGGCUUUGGAAAAUUUUCCGAACGACUCUUUCCUUCUGACAAACAUCGCCCGCGUUCACGAGCUGCUCAACGACCUCAACGCCUCGGUAAAAUUCUACAAGGAUGUCCUAAGCACCGAUUCAGUGAGUGUCGAAGCAAUGGCUUGCAUCGCCACAAAUCAUUUCUACUCGGAUCAGCCCGAGCUCGCGUUACGAUUCUUCCGACGGCUGCUCCAAAUCGGACUGCACACGGCGGAGAUUUACAUCAACAUAGCGCUCUGUUGCUUCUAUGCUCAACAGUUCGACCUGUCAAUCGCUUGCGUAGAGAGAGCGCUGCAACUAUCGAAGGAUGACGCCACCACGGCCGACAUUUGGUACAAUUUGUCACACAUCGCCAUCAACUCCGGAGACAAAACACUGGCAAUCCAGUGUCUGCGGUUGGCGAUUGCUCAUAACAACGACCACGCCGAGAGCCAUAACAAUCUGGGGAUUUUGAUUCCCGAGCAGGCAAAACUCAAUUUUGAAACAUCACAUCGCUUGGGUCCUCACCUCUUCGAACCGCUCUACAACUUAGCGCUUCUGUCAGAUCUGAUCGGAGACUGCUUGAACGCUUACAAGUACUCGAACCAGACACUCGAGGUCUUUCCCGGUCACGUCGACAGCAAAAUCAUCUUGGACAGAGUUCGGACACUCCUGGCUUCGUUUUGA